GGCACAUUUCUGUUUUCCCGUUUGGAAGACUGGAUGGGUGGCAGCAGCAGCAGUGGAUUCAAGGCAGGAUUUCCCCCUGUUCUUUGGACAACACCUGCCCUGGAGGGGGUGCCAUAGAAGGCCUCACCCUCUUCUUCAGGCUCCAGCACUGGGAGGAUAAUAAAGUGCUCCUGAGUACUAAGUUCAACUGAGAACCAAAGCAAGAGCAGAGAAGAGUCGGUCAUGCAGGUCUCCUUCGUCUGCUCAGAGCACAGCAUCAAGAGUCGGAGUGCGGAGGAUCGGCUGAACAGACCCAAUGCCAGCAGCCCCAGCCUGGGCACUCGGAGCAGAUUCCGUGCCGUGGCUAUGGUGGCUCGGAGCCUGGGGCAGCUCUCUCUGCACAAUGCCCCAGCCAACCGGGAGCCCGCCGCGAAGCAGCCGGGAAUGAAGUAUAGGAAUCUUGGGAAAUCUGGAUUGCGGGUCUCCUGCCUCGGUCUAGGAACAUGGGUGACAUUUGGAGGUCAAAUCACAGAUGAGAUGGCCGAACAGCUGAUGACCUUGGCUUAUGACAAUGGAAUCAACCUGUUUGAUACGGCAGAAGUUUACGCUGCUGGAAAGGCUGAAGUUGUAUUAGGAAAUAUUAUUAAGAAGAAAGGAUGGAGACGAUCAAGCCUGGUCAUUACCACUAAAAUCUUCUGGGGAGGAAAAGCGGAGACUGAACGGGGGCUGUCCAGGAAACACAUCAUAGAAGGUCUGAAAGCCUCAUUAGAACGGCUGCAGUUGGAGUACGUGGACGUGGUGUUCGCCAACAGGCCCGACCCAAACACACCUAUGGAAGGGGACCCAUUUAGUUCCAAGUCAAGAACAUUCAUCAUAGAAGAGACCGUCCGAGCAAUGACCCACAUCAUCAACCAGGGCAUGGCCAUGUAUUGGGGCACUUCGCGCUGGAGUUCCAUGGAGAUCAUGGAAGCGUACUCGGUGGCCCGGCAGUUCAACUUGAUCCCGCCUAUAUGUGAGCAAGCGGAAUACCACAUGUUCCAGCGGGAGAAGGUGGAGGUGCAGCUCCCCGAACUCUUCCACAAGAUAGGAGUGGGUGCUAUGACCUGGUCCCCUUUAGCAUGUGGAAUCGUGUCUGGGAAGUACGACAGUGGAAUCCCACCCUACUCCAGAGCGUCGCUCAAGGGAUACCAGUGGUUGAAGGACAAGAUCCUGAGUGAGGAGGGCCGACGGCAGCAAGCGAAGCUGAAGGAGCUGCAAGCCAUCGCGGAGCGCCUGGGCUGUACCCUGCCCCAGCUGGCCAUUGCCUGGUGUCUGAGGAAUGAGGGUGUCAGCUCGGUACUACUGGGAGCUUCCAAUGCAGACCAGCUAAUGGAGAAUAUCGGAGCAAUACAGGUCCUGCCAAAGUUGUCGUCUUCCAUCGUCCACGAGAUCGAUAGUAUUUUGGGCAAUAAACCUUACAGCAAAAAGGACUACAGAUCCUAAUUCCCCAGGCAGACCACCGGACGGUUACUGCCUCACACCCAGUCUCCUGUCCACUCGCUUAAGCCAAACUGAAGCAAAGUCAAGAGUGUGGUUGGCGUCCAAGACUACAACUUGUCAAGAUGUUCUAAGGAUGUUGUUUUAAAAAGUUGCUGCAAGACAACCUGUGCUGCUUACUGUAAUGAAGUUUAUUUUGUUUGCAAGAUGACUUACAGCUUAGGAAGGGCUCCCAACCAGCCCCAGGCCUUUCGCUCAGCCUUCUGGAACAGAAGACCGAGGUUUUUCCUCUUUGGAAGUAAUUCCCAGAAGUCAAGAUCCAGAAUGGAAACGGUCAGCAUCCUCCGGUCAGGGCCAGGGUCUAUCCUUUCAGGAAAAGCUCACUGCUUAUAUUGGUUUUGUGACAAAGCAACCUGGGAUUGUAGCUUCCGGUGCCCCAGGGCCCCUCAGUGUGAGGAGGUAAGGAGGCCUUGGCUCAAAGCAGCUGAGUCCAGAGCACCCCUGCCCCUGCACCCAUUAUGCCUGGCCCUUCUGUUCCACAGUCUGGGCUUCCGGGCUGGGCCCGUCAAGCCACUGGCUGCUGCCACGCCAUCACCCUCCUCCCAACCCCUACCUGGACCCCUUCCCUGGGCAGGGUGGACGCCUCGCAGGAAAGAUGGGGCAACUCCUAGAGGGGCAGGGGGCACCGGCAUGCCCUACCCGUGGCCUGACCUCGAGCUUCAGAUAUAAAGUCAGCACCGACUCAUCCUUAGGACAGAUUGGGCUCUGGACCCCAGGCCUCUGCACUCCGAUUCUCAAGCACCCCCCAACCCCUCGUGGCGGGUCCGGCCCCACGGGGGCAUCUGCAUCAACUCCUUUCUGGGAAUGCUUGGUAGAAAGCAAAUCUGAAUCUGCUUUGGACCCCCGUCUGCAUUACGGGACAUAUGAGAUCAGCGAUGUGAAAGCGCUUUGGAAAAUAAAUGCGCCCUCUAACCUCAA